GGGGCAGAGAGACGAGCCCAGAAUCCGGGGUGCCGCCGCUCGCUCAGUGCGGGCCAAGCAGGGCGGGCGCAGACGGGGGCGCACCACCUGGCCGCCCUCCCCUCCUCCCCAGUCCCCGGCUCGCCCUCGGCUCUCAGGGCUGGAGAUGCAGCUCGGAGACAUAGUUCUGGUGUAACUAUGAAAACUCCGGUUUAAUCACCAGCAAUGCAAACUUACGGGUUGGAAAUCAGCCGUUAAGAAGGGUCUAGUCCAAGGCACUAGGGUGCCACCCGCGCGCCGAUGCCCCGAGGACUCAGAGGGCCCCCAGCUGAUCAUGCUGCACCUACUUUGGCGCUGCCGUUGCUACUACUAUCAUUGCUGGUGGUGUGGACCCUGCCCCCCGCUAGCGCGAGGCCGGUCGCAGGCCCAGAUUACCUGCGGCGAGGCUGGCUGCAGCUGCUGGCCGAGGGCGAGGGCUGUGCUCCCUGUCGGCCAGAAGAGUGCGCUGCGCCGCGGGGCUGCCUAGCAGGCCGGGUGCGGGAUGCCUGCGGCUGCUGCUGGGAAUGCGCCAACCUGGAGGGCCAGCUCUGCGACCUGGACCCCGGCGCUAACUUCUACGGGCGCUGCGGCGAGCAGCUGGAGUGCAGGCUGGACGCGGGCGGUGAUCUGAGCCGAGGAGAGGUGCCGGAGCCGCUGUGUGCCUGCCGCUCGCAGCGCCCGCUGUGUGGUUCCGACGGCCGCACCUACGCGCAGAUCUGCCGCCUGCAGGAGGCCAGCCGCGCUGUGCCCGACGCUAACCUCACUGUGGUGCAUCCAGGGCCCUGCGAAUCGGAGCCCCAGAUCGUGUCACAGCCUCACAAUAUUUGGAAUGUGACUGGAAAGGAUGUGAUCUUUGGCUGCGAGGUGUUUGCCUACCCCAUGGCCUCCAUUGAGUGGAGGAAAGACGGCUUGGACAUCCAGCUGCCAGGGGAUGACCCCCAUAUCUCUGUGCAGUUUAGGGGUGGACCUCAGAAGUUUGAGGUGACUGGCUGGCUGCAGAUUCAGGCUCUGCGUCCUAGUGAUGAGGGCACCUACCGCUGCCUUGCCCGGAAUGCCCUGGGCCAAGUUGAAGCCUCUGCUACCUUGACAGUGCUCACACUAGACCAGUUGAACGCCACAGGAGUCUCCCAGCUGCAGUCACUGAGUUUGACUCCUGAGGAGGAGGCAGAAAGUGAAGAGAGUGAGGAUUACUACUAGGCCCAGAUCUCGGUGUGUGGGUGUGGCAUAGCAUUCCACCCCUGCUGUUGAGAAGGUCUGGAGACGGCUGGAAAGGGUGAGCAGCAGGGUCCUGUCAUGGAUUGCUUAAUGCUCAUUGUAGCCUCGGUUUACCUUUUCCUCAAAACUCAUCUUCCACCUCACCAUGUUCCUAGGGACACUUAACCCUAGGGUUAGGGGUUAGAGUAACCCCAGUCCUUUCUGAGGUAGAGGUGAGCAGUAGAACGGAUUUAGUUCAGUGCAGUGAGAGGGGUGGGGCGGCCCCAUGUCCUACACCGCUCUAGGGGACAAAACCCACCUAGCAUAGACUAGACACCGUGGGCACCAAUAAAAAUUAUAAACAAACCGA